CAAGGAAAGACAAGGGCAUAGAAAACAUAGAUGCUUCCCAGAAAACGAAGGUAAGAACUCGGCAAAAUGAUGACGUUUUUCAGGGAUGUUACUAUUAAUAGCAUCACACCCCACAUUUGACCAUAGCGUUCAUCAACAGCAAUCGUCAGCGAUACGUCCCGUGUCAACUGUGCAAGUAUUUGGUAGGUUGCCUUCCUCUUUGCAGGACAGUCUACGUUCGGUACCGACAAACCGCCCACAGAUUCCAGUUACACCCGACCCCCGUCCUCCGCAAAGCAACUCGUUACGUUACCUUCAUCUCCUAAGUUUACGGAGGUUCAGAGCAAUUGGAUAUCAUUCAAGCACAAGCAUGGCUUUCCUAAUCGCAAGCCUAACAACCUUCGACUCCCGUCUCCGGCGCAUCGAACACCUCCUCUCCCCACCUUUAGCAUCCGCAGACGACAACGACGCACCCGCGACCACCUCAGAAACCGAACCACAAACCCUCCAAUCCCUCGUCGCCCGUUUAGCGGCCUUAGACAAGAGCGUCAACACCCUCCUUGCCGGCAUCGACGUCAACGCAAUACAAAAUGUCAUCCCACCAUCGUCCCUGACAAGCGAGGAAGAAGACCUCAGUAUCGAGCAGAAGAGGGCAAUCAUCACAUCCCCAAACACCCCCGAUAUCCGCCAAAUCACCUCAAACCUCCAUACCCUCCAAUCGCUCCUCCCGAUCCCCACCGUCCUACCACUGACUUCAUCGGCAUCACCGUCAAAUACCGCAACAGCCCAGCGCUUGACCGACCUCCGUCGAAAAUUAGAGGAGGAUGCAGCCAUGAGUAACCAAUUGCGAAGACGAACAGUGGAGGUACUCGAGGUUUAUGCACAAGGCGUUCAAGAAGUUAAUGAGUGGUGGGUUGGGGUUGAGCAGAGGGGGAAGAUAAUUGAGAGGGGCUUGAGGGCUAAGGAGGAUGUUGAGUAUUGAGGUUAUCGAGGCAGCGGAGAAGGAUGGACGAGGCCGUUGAAGAGACUGACGAUUACCUGUUUGUGGCUCACGAGGAAAUCAUGAUACGAAAGAUUGCAUCUUUCUUGAGCGAUUUGGGAAGCGAGAUGGAAACCUCAACGGGGUAUUGAGGACAGGCAAAC